AUGCCACGCCCACCAGAAUAUAUUCGUAUGCUCAAGAUUGGGUUUGACGCACUGUCCUCCCAUGGAGACGAACAAGAAGGAGAUCACUCACAUAUGGUCCGCAUCAUUUGCAAUCCAUAUGUCCAGGUUGGGGGAGAGCAUGUGGCUGCUCCCAUUGGCAUGCAUCCGUCCGUGAUUGAAGUGAUGCCCCCGUCAAAUUAUGGAUUGUUCCUGCAGGAAUACCGCCGCACAUUUUCUCACCCCGUCUUCCCUUGCAGAACGGCUCCAUGGUACGACGACAACCGCGGCCUGCCCCAUCUCAAAAUGUCCAACCCGGUCGAGGUCGACCAGCGCGAGCUCGUGCGCAUCUACCCUGCAGUCCGCCUCCCUAUCAUCUUUACUGCCCCAGUGGGCCACGCGAAGCCGUCCGCUAUUUCCAUCAGCUGCGGGGGGGUUGCAUGCAUGGAACAGCACCAGCCGUUCGUGCCCUUUGACGACAUCAUCCCCCUUCCCCCCCGCUACUACCCGAUGAAACGCGUUGUACAGAGUGGCAUUGACCCCGAUACCGAGGGCUGGCGCCUUGAGGGCCUCGUCGGGCUCUGGCUGGGCAUGCACGGACAGCAGGGAACGGAGUGCCUCUUCGUUUCAUGGCACACUGAUGAGGAAGAACUACGUGCGUGGAAAAUCACCGGAGACAUCAACGUCCCCCGCGGAGUGUGCAGCUGGAUACUGAGGACGCAUGUCGGCGUCACCUCCAGACACCCUGCUUUACUCGAGACAUGGAAUCGUUUAAACCUGUCGGUGGCGCGGGUGUACGUGGGCACGGGGAUUAUCAGCGAGCGUGGUUUUGCGAAGCCAACGUCUGUCGACCUCAUCAUUGGUGUCACUGGAGCGGACGAGAUCAAGAUCUGGUGGGAUCAGGUUAACGACAUCAGGACUUACAUUCGAUAUGUAGGACGCGAUCUCUGA